GUCAGGCCGGCGCCUUAUAGCGGCAGCCUGGGCGGCUCCGCUCGCCGUUUUCUCGCUUCUCUGGGUUGUGUUCUUUUCGAGGUCCGCCAAGAUGCAGCUCAAACCGAUGGAGAUUAACCCCGAGAUGCUGAACAAAGUGCUGAGCCGGCUGGGGGUCGCCGGCCAGUGGCGCUUCGAGGACGUCCUGGGCCUGGAGGAGGAGUCUCUGGGCUCGGUGCCGGCGCCGGCCUGCGCGCUGCUGCUGCUCUUCCCGCUCACGGCGCAGCAUGAGAACUUCAGGAAAAAACAAAUUGAAGAGCUGAAGGGACAAGAAGUCAGUCCCAAGGUGUACUUCAUGAAGCAGACCAUUGGCAACUCCUGUGGAACCAUCGGACUCAUUCACGCGGUGGCCAAUAAUCGGGACAAGCUGGAGUUCGAGGAUGGGUCCGUUCUGAAACAGUUUCUCUCUGAAACAGAGAAGUUGUCCCCUGAAGACAGAGCAAAGUGCUUUGAAAAGAAUGAGGCCAUUCAGGCAGCCCACGAUGCCGUGGCACAGGAAGGCCAGUGUCGGGUAGAUGACAAAGUGAACUUCCAUUUUAUUCUGUUUAACAACGUGGAUGGCCACCUCUAUGAACUUGAUGGACGGAUGCCUUUCCCGGUGAACCAUGGCACCAGCUCAGAGGACUCGCUGCUGCAGGACGCCGCCAAGGUCUGCAGAGAAUUCACUGCGCGCGAGCAGGGGGAGGUUCGCUUCUCGGCUGUGGCCCUCUGCAAGGCAGCCUAAUGCCCCGCGCGGGCACUCUGCUUCGCCCCUCUUCCCUCCGUUGUGAGCGUGUCUCCCCCCAAAGCUGGUGUACAACGCUUCAGUGCUUGCAGAGCACAGCGUCCUCCUUCGGGUCCGCAGACCAGCACCCACCCUCCACCGCGCCCCCGCGCCGGCAGAGCUCGGCUGUCGACGGAGCGCGUUUGGCAUCAGCCUGCGAUGGCGAAGCUCCCCGCCCUGUGUCUUGCACCUCAGUAUCUAAUGCUUUAAUGGCUACUUCGGUUUGUGUCUGUAAGUUAAGGCCUUGGAUGUGGUUUGUCCUUCAAAGGAAUAAAGUUUUUCUGCUGAUAAAGAGAUAA